AUGUUCGAUAUCGGAAAGAGGGACGUCCUGGGCCAUUCCAUCUUGCCCUUGAACUCUUUCGACCAAGCACGAUCGUUCUACACCACUGACCUACUUCAAGUCAUGCAAAGCAACCUUGAGCAAGGCAAGGGAGCCACGCCCGCAACCAAAAUAGUUGAGCCAUAUGCAGACUUCCUUGAUCGUGAAGUCGUACAUGCAAAUCGCAUCACCUGCUUUGACGCUGCAGAUGCCGCCAGCGCGUUUCGCUAUAUGCAAAGUGACAAACAUAUUGGGAAGAUUGUCAUUAGGAUUCCUGAGGAUGCUGCGGAUCUGCCUACCGCCACAAGCCUCGCAACCCCCGAAUAG